CCACCAGCUAUGAUAACAGAUGUACGGCCCAACCAGUUGCCGGUUUUACUAUCGCGGCCAUAUUUCCAUUUAAGAAACACAAAAAUCAUCUUUUUUUUGGAUAAACCCUACCGGAGCAAUUCCUGUAAAUUUUCCGACCAUAUAAUUCAAACGGAAAAAUAAUCGAGAUAAAGUUGAGCAUGGUGGUUAAUUCCGCCUAGAUCUAGUAUCCUUCGCUUUGCUUCAUCUUCAAUUCACAUGUGUGGGCAAUUGUUUUUUUUCUUUUACUUUUCUCUAUAAUUCAUUUUGCUCCUUGCUGCUGCUAGUUUUUGUUCAGAAAGUGAUUCGAGCAUUUCGAUUUUAGCGAUUCAAUUUUGUAGUGGAAAAGGUUUUGUAAGGUAGCUGGGUUUAGCAUGCGCGAAUGGGAAUCCGACCCGCAUUUCGCGGCGGCCGAGGUCGUUCAAGACUCCGCCGAUCGGAUGGAGUCUAUAUUUCGCCUUCUAUUACAUGAACAGAGUCUUGUUCAUGAGCAUCCUAUGGACGAACAACUUCUUAGCUCCAUUGAAUGUCAUAAGCGAGAUCUUUCCACAGCCAUGGAAACAGCAAAAUGGCAGCUCGAAGACUUUGAGAGAGAGGUAAAUUUGGCCGACAAGUUUCAAUUGGAUAAUAAUGUGAUCCUAAGGCACAUGCAAUUUAUUGGAGCCAUCAGGGAACAAAUAAUCCGUGUUGAACAAAGCAUGGAUGCAUCAUUGGGAAACCAGUCGAGGAAUUUGAACUUGAAUGAGCAUGAUAGGGAUGGGCUGGCACUCUUUCUCACGGGUGAAAGUCCCGUUGAACACAUGGCUGGCCAUGACUCGGCGGAUGAUAAUAUGUUAAGAAGGUUUCUUGAUCCAGCCAUGUCAUCAAGUCCGAGGAAAUAUAUCGAUGAGAAUAAUGCUGGUGAAAUUGUAAAUUUGAAGGCGGGCGAGAUUUCAUACAGGGACCAUAAUAAUAUGGACUUGAAGAAUUCUCUAGCAGAAAUGGAUUUGGGACCUUCAGUUUCUUUUGAGGGGGCUAAUACAGGCAUGCACGCCGAAGAAGGGACAUGGGAUUUGGAAGCCAAUCAUGCAAUUGGUAGAAGCAACUUGCAGAGAAAUAAGCUGGAAGGAUAUUUUGGGAGAAUGAACAUAUUUAGGUCCUUGGGAAAUUUCCGGUUUAGCAGAAGUUUCACAAAGAGGUUAAAAGAUGGGGAGGAACAGAGGCAGUCCCAGCUCUUCAGCGAUUUUCACCCAGGCAUGCAGAUGUGUUCACUCAACAACAACAACAACAUACCCAGUAUAUUCCCAGGUUGGGGUCUGGGGGGUCAGUUGUACGUAGACCUUACCCUUGUAAUUAUACAAGGAGACUGUUUCCGUAGCGACCCAAGAGGAUGGCCCGACUGCAUUCAGCUUUCGGAUAUAGCAAUUUAUCUUGCUUCCUGUCACCUUCUCAAGCCAUGCAAUUGAGUAGCUGGAUAAGGGGUUUUAGAGACAAAUGCCAUCGAUCUUUACAUGAUAUCCAAGCUAGAUAUCAUCCAGUACCGUCUAUAUUGGCCUUGCUUCUGAUUCUGUUACUCUUGUGUGUGUUGAUGAUAUAGGUGCUUCAUCUUACAUUGUGGGCAGUUUGUUUUGUGUAGCAACUGGCAAAGAUGGAAAAAUACAGUUUGGGUUGGAUAUGUGUUGGAAAUUGAAUAGUAUUCUAAAACUUCUAUUUUAUAUUAAAAGAAAUGAUUUGUUGCAAUGUAGCCGUGUAGCUGAGGAUCAAAAAGGUUUGUAAGUUGUACCCUUUUUGCGAUAAUCUGUUUGGAGGUUUAAAAACAAAACCUAGCAAAAUAAAUUGGAUUUUUGCAUAUGAC